GGUCCAUCUCCAUCCUCCCUAUUUGACAUCUCUUCCAUGCUAGUGCUAGGAGUAAUCUUUACUCCAUCUUUCAAACCCUAGCUACCCCUUUUAACUCUAUCAGGCUGCUACAAUCCAUCGAUCUCCUGAAUAUUCUCCUAAUAUUAAUCAGCUAGCAAACUAAUUACAUAACCCAGCCAGAUGAUGAAACUUGAAUCUUUCAAGUUUUUGGCGUCGUUUGCGACUUUAUUAUUAUUGGUCGUUGGAGCAUCAUAUUUGCAACAUGGAUACCCAACAACAAAAACAAAGUUAGAUUGGGAUGGGAAGAGAGUAACAGUGGCAUCAAAGAGGGCAGGUGAGCCUCCAGUGCUGGCUUACUGGAUUCAUGGAUCCAGUGGAGAUGGUGAAAGGAUAAUGAGGGUGUUGAAGGCUAGCUACCAUCCCAGAAAUCAGUACCUUUUGCUACUGGAUGCGUCUUCCAGCUCAGAUGAGAGGAGGAAUCUGGCACUUUCUGUCCAAUCCAACCCCUUGUUUGCUGUUUUUAACAAUGUCAACGUAGUUGGCAGGAGCUAUGCCGUUAACCAGAUGGGAGGAUCUGGUCUUGCUGCCUUGCUCCAUGCCUCGGCGUUGCUUCUCAAAAUCAGUACAACCUGGGAUUGGUUCAUCACACUGGGUGCCUCUGAUUACCCACUCAUGACUCAGGAUGAUAUCCUCCACGCUUUUACAUUGUUGCCCAGGGACCUCAACUUUAUACAUUUCGCAAACAAUACCAGCGGCUCAAAUGAGAACACUGAGCGAGUUAAGCAAGUGGUUGUUGAUCCUAGCAUCUAUAACAGAAAAGACAGUCCCAUUUUCUAUGCUAGAGAGACUAGAGAUGCACCAAACACGUUCAAGAUUGUAGCAGGUUCCCCCUGGGUGAUCCUAAGCCGAUCGUUGGUAGAAUUUGUUGUAAAAGGAUGGGACAAUUUCCCUAGGAAACUGCUCAUGUACAUGAGCAAUGUAGCAUCUCCUCUAGAAUUCUACUUCCAAACAGUCAUCUGUAACUCACCUAGUUUUCAGAACACGACGGUUGACAAUGAUUUGAGAUACUUUAUGAGUAAAAACGAGAGUUUAGAGGGCCUCAACUACAAAAUGGUUGGAAAUUUCAAGAAAGAAGAUGAUCAUGUGCUGAUGCAGGAGGUGGACAAGAAGAUAUUAAAGCGCUCAGGGAAUGGGGUUGUGCCUGGAAAAUGGUGUUUCUGGAGGAAUGAUAGCAGGGUUGAUGAUGAUGGCAAUUGGGACAUAAACUCAGUUGAGGCAACACCUCGAGGAGUAAAGAUGGGGGCAACAUUGUCCAGGCUUGCUACUCAAACACAUAUAAUAACAUGUCCAACCAUACUUAAUAAUUAAUUAGCUUCAAUUCUCAUCUUGCAUUGGUAGGUAGUUGAACAAUAUUCUGAAAAGCAAACAGAUAAUAGAGAGUGAGUUGGAAUGAAUUAAGAUAUGAAAUGAACGCC